AUGAUUUCAGGUAAAUUUAUUUUGCCAUCAAUUUUCUUUCUUAUUUCAACAGCUUCAUCAUACAAAAAGCCUGUUGGAGGUGCUGAUGGAAUUUACAUGUUUCAUAUGACAUCGAGCACAAGUAAUGACCCUAUAAUAGAAUAUUUAGGACCAGCCAAUUUCACUACGACUGUACUAAGUGGACCUUCGCAGCGUAAAGACUCAGGUGUUCAUUGUGAACAAAACGUCUUUUUUUCGACGGACGAUAUGAAUAAAGCAAUUAGUGGUUUAGCUAGUUUCUUUGGUACUGGCAAUGCAUUCUAUGCAAAGAGCGUCUCAAGUUAUUAUGGAUCGGCUGUUGCAUUUGGCUGUAAUUAUGGUAAUGGGCAACAUAUGGAUGCUAAUUUUUUCAUUCAAGAGCAAAAUUUGAUUAAUAAUAAAUGUGGAAGCGGGAGAGGCGGAUGGAGCAGUCAUGAAAGUUGGAAAUCAUCAUAUGGGCGGACAUCAGCAUCAAAAAGCUUCUGUUAA